GAGACGGGAGGCGAGCUCGGGGCGCUGGAAGUGAGGGUGAGAACAUCCAAACUGGCGAUGGUCCGAGCCUGACGAAUCCCAAGAGCAGACAAAGCGCCCUUCCCGAGCUAAGUACCACCAACGACCAGACAUGUUCCGUGAAAUGGAAGAAGACCCUUUCUUCUCGGACCCUUUUCGUUCACACCAGGAAAACCUCCAUCAGUUGAUGUCCAGUUUUCCAAUUCAAUUGGAUCAAGACCUCUUGGUGAAUUUCCCAGAUGACAAAGUUCCUACUCAGGCAUACCCAAGGCAACAGAACUUGAAGGACAGGAAAAAACAUUCAGAAGUGGCUAGUUGCUCAGCAGAUCCUUUCAAAUCAAUGAUGGAACAAAUGAGAAAAGAAAUGAUUGAAAUGCAACACAACAUUAAAAAUACAUCUCAGUAUCCCAAUGAUCAUUCUUUAAACACUUCCACUGUAAUGAGCUAUUCAAAAGUGGGAAAUGAACCUCCUAAAGUGUUCCAGGCUUCCAGUCAUGUACACCAUGUUCCUGGUGGACUUAAAGAGACAAGACGGGCCAUAAAAGACUCUGAAAGUGGAAUUGAAAAAAUAUCAAUUGGCCAUCACAUUAAAGACCGUGCUCAUGUCAUUCAGAAAGUCAGAAACCAGAAAACAGGUGAUGAAGAAGUCAAUCAAGAGUUUCUCAACCUAAAUGAAGAUGAUGCAAACAUGUUUGACCAGGAAUGGCGGGAAAAGGUGUCAGAUUUUAUGCCUCUGGGAGCACAAAUGUAUGGUCUUCAGGAUGUUAAAAAGGCCAUGGAAGGACAAAGGACAAAGCAUAGUAAAAAACAACCUGUUUCGUACUUUACUCCUCCCCCUGCUUCUUGUGGCUGCCCUAGUACGAGUGCUUCUCCUGCGAGAAUGAAAGCAUCAUCGAAAUGUGGAAGAAAAUGAGCAGUUUUCUGAAACUACUCGGCUCAGGCGUUUUCUGUGUGAUAAUAACAAGGCUGUGUUUUUGAGUUUUAACUUAGUUCCUGUGGAAUAACUCAGUUCACUUCCAGCUGUUUACCAUAGUUCCAUAACUAGCAUUUCAUUUUUGUCAACAGCAAGGUGCACCAAAUAAAGGAAGUGCAUUUUAUAGAUGUUAAAAGUAAAUAAUUACUGAAUCAAGUUAGGCAUCAAAUAAAGUAGGGUUCGGAAAUAUAGAAAAGGUAGCUGACUCAAUCAAUUUUGGUGUUGAGUUUCUUGUACUUUACAUACAAAUAUGUACGAUAUAUUGUAUGGAUGACAUUACUGUGAGAUCCAAUUGACUUUUGGUCUAUAGCUUAAUUUUCAAAUGAAUGAUUAGUUGCCAGCAUUAAUUUUACUGCAUAAUAGACCCAGGAAAUAUAGCAGGUUUUUUGCUUCUUAAAGUAGAUAUGUCACUUUUAUCAAUUGGGUCUGUGCUAGCAGCAUCUGAGAAAGUCAGCUGAUUUUACCACAAUCUUUCUUAACUAUUCUCUUAUAUAGAAUCCUGCUACAUGACCUUUCUUUCAGCUGCACCACCAAUAUUUUUAUAACUUCUCAAUUAUUUUGCAAUAUCUUCCUCCACUUCGAAAAAGGUUUUGAAAGGUAUUUGUGUCUUACAUGGUGUGGUGCUUUCUUCUUUUUAGAUGCCAUGUUAAAUUUCCUCUCACAGUACAAAGAUGUACCAGUUAGUAUGUUAAUUGGUCAUUGUAAAUUGUCCCAUUAUUAGGCUCGGGUUAAAUUGGAGGUUUCUGGUGUCACGGCUCGAAGGGCCAGAAGGGCUUGUUCUGCACUGUUUCUCUAAAUAAAUAAAUUUAAAAGGCAUCAACUAUUGAGGCAAGAGAUUCAAGUAACAGUAGUGAUCUUCCUAAACCUUUCUGGCUGUGAGCUGUUGGCAGUUACUGACUUUUCUGCUUGAAACUGAACACUAAACUGAAACCUUUGAUGUUUUUCUCUACAACCCGUGGGCAAUGAAACAGAAACACUGAGCUCCCCAUGGAACCUAACAGUCCAGCACUCCCUUCCCUUCCCUUCCUUUCUCUGCUCUAUUCAAAGCCCCCGCCUGCAUCGAUUCCCACUGUGCCCAGCACACACUGUGCUUCUGGACAGCUGGAAUAGCAGGGGGCAAACAAGCAACUCCCAGCAUUUGAUGGAGAAGACUUUCCUCUUCAGAUAAAUGACACCAGAAUGUUAUGUAGUGUAAAUUGCUUCAGUGGUUAUUCAAUGCACUAACAGUU